AUGGAGCAAACUGUUCAAAAUCAAGGAACUUUAAUUCAGUCGCUAUUAGUUAGAGAAUCAAAUAUCAUUAGUCAACCUGCAUUCGUGAGUGAUAUAAAUAAUGGAGUACAUCAUGAUACAGGAUCUUAUCACACUACCAAGGUUUCCUCAGGCAUGUUUCCGCAUGUUCAAGCAGUGGCACCGAACAUUCGGAAGCAGAUUUUAGAAGGCAUAAACGUACUACCAAGUAAAUCUUUGGAAUGUAAGAAUUUAUUGUCUACCAAGAAAUUUCCCGAUGAUGUUACGAAACUGGUAGAUGACGAACUUCGUAAAGGAUACCUUAUUGGACCAUUUACAAAACCUCCGUUUGAUACUUAUAGAAUUAGUCCGAUAGGUAUUGUUGAAGGAAAAUAUUCAAAAAAGAAAAGAUUAAUUCUAGACCUCUCGGCUCCUCACAACAAUGAUGAGCAUCACAGCAUCAACGAUUUGAUAAAUAAGGAAGACUAUUCAUUAACCUAUUACUCAAACAAUCAGACUGGGUAUCUUGAAAUACUUCCUGCUGGACGUUUACAGGCUUUAUAUCAACAAUAA